AUGGAUUUGUCAAGAAAAGUGGAAGAAAAGCUUUCAGGCGUUUUUACGCGGUAUGGAAAAUGUAUAGCUAGACACCCUUGGACUGCAAUCAUCUUCUGUGUCCUGCUGAACGGACUGUUAGGAGUGAAUAUUCAGUGGAUAACAUCAGAUUCUGAUCUAGGGAGGGUCUACACGCCCACUAACAGCCAAGCAGAUGUGGACAGCGACCAAAUUGUAUCGAUGUUUCCCGACUCCACGAGAACAAAUUUUUAUCGACAGAGCUUGUAUAACCUUGGGUUAUUUGGCGAAUUGCUUCUUAAACCUCGACAAGAAGUCAAUGUCUUGGAUAGAGAAUUUCAAGAAGACAUCCAGAAAAUCUUUAGAAUAGUACGUGCUAUAUUUGUGACUGACAUUUAUGAUACAAAACUUCAGUUUGAAGAUCUCUGUGCAAAACGAUGUGGAAAAUGCUUUGUGGAUGGCGAUUUCCUAUUGGAAUUUGUUUUCUGGGAGAAGUUGAAAAAUGGCAACAUUACAAGGGACAUCUUUGAAGAAAACGACUACGAUCUUGUUAUAGGAGCCCCGACAUUCGACAACGGAUCGCUUACAGCUGCAGCUGCCUUGAAAUUCCGAUUUAAUUUGCGACAAGAUUCUCGAACAUACAAUGAAUUAUCAACAGCAUGGGAAAAGCGAUUUUUGGAAACAACAAAAAAUAUUGAAUUGAAUUAUUCAGAUGUGGCGUACCAGAUAUCAGAUACCUUGAACUCUGAACUUGACGCAAAUACUGGUGGAGAUGUAACCUACUUUUCCCUUACCUUUACAUUGAUGAUCACUUAUGCAUCGUUUGUUGCUGCAGGUGGGAACUGUGUGUCACAACGGGGUCAUCUUGGCCGUGCUGGAGUCAUUUCAGCAGGUUUAGCAAUUUUGGGAUCUUUUGGGCUCAUGUCUGCCUGUCAUGUUGAUUUUGUCAACAUUGUCGGAGUUAUGCCUUUUCUAAUAAUAGGAAUCGGCGUGGAUGACAUGUUCAUUAUGAUGUCCGGACUCGCUGACGCAGAUCCAACAGCGGAAAUAGAGGAUAAAAUUGGACACGUCAUGAAAACCAGUGGAAUUGCAAUAACAAUCACGUCUCUCACAAAUUUCAUCGCCUUUGUCGUUGGUAUCACAUCAGUGUUCAAAAGUGUCAGCAAUUUUUGCCUCUUUACAGCAACUGCUGUAGGAUUUUGCUAUUUCAACCAGAUGACAUUCUUUAUUGGGUGUAUGGUUAUACAAGAGAGAAGAGUAGCAGCCAACAGACACUGUAUCACAUGUGUUCCUGUAAAGUUCCCGGAUGAGAAUAAUGAUCCAUCGGAAUCUCUCGCCAAACGAAUAUGCUGUACUGGUUCCCCAGCUAAAACAAGAAAUGAACAAGAGAGUAUAUUCGAGAAAGGUCCUCGUCUGUUUAUACCUAGGUUGUUAGUAAAUCUGCCUGCUAAGUUAAUCACAGUUGUAUUGUACUCGACAUACCUGAUUUUUUCCGUGGUAGGAGUUACAGGUUUGCAUCAGGGUUUAAUUUUACAGAAUUUGGUAUCAGAGAGUUCCUACUAUUAUCAGUUCAGUAAUUGGAACUUUGAUUAUUUCCCCUCAAAAUUUCCAGUAUCUUUUGUGAUACCGUCUUACCAAGAUUAUUCUUCAAUUCGUGUUUCAGAUGACAUAGAUACUCUCCUGACAGAUGCAAGAAUGCAGGUGAAUGUUGAGGAUAGUUUUGAAUUAAAUUGGUUGAAAUCAUACAAGCAAUCUUAUUAUUUUACAAAUAUUACAGAAGAAGCCUUUAUUAAUGGACUGCAACUUUUUCUGAAUAACACGCCUGUUUUUCAAAAUGAUGUCGUUUUCAACAGUGCAAAUAAUAGGAUAGACGCCUGUCGAUUCCAUGUCAUGUCCAAAAGUAUAAAAGACACUUAUGAACAAGGGAAGCUGAUGUUGCGCAUGCGUGAUAUAGCAAGUAAUUCAGAGAUCCCUUGUUUCGCUUACUCCUCAGCGUUUAUAUUCUUUGAGCAGUACGUCGCUGUCUUACCGAGCACUCUUCAGACAGUAGGAAUUGCUGUAGCUGCUGUAUUUGUUGUAUCAUGUCUAAUGAUGCCUAAUCCUUUUCUCAUAUUUUGCAUUACGAUUUCCCUCGCAUCAAUUAUCACCGGUGUUCUGGGUUUUAUGCAUUUAUGGGAUCUUUCUCUUAGCUCUAUAACCAUGAUCCAUGUGAUCAUGAGCGUUGGUUUCUCGGUAGAUUUCAGUGCUCAUAUCUGUCACGCUUUUCUCACGUCAGAGGGUCCUGAUAAAAAUUCGAGGGUAUGCAAAGCGUUAGAAAUUACUGCAGGUCCUAUUGUCAAUAGCGCGGUGUCGUCUAUCGUAGGAAUCAUUAUGCUAACCUUAUCGGAGUCGUACGUCUUUAUUUCUUUUUUCCGUGUGAUGUUGCUUGUCAUUUUGUUUGGUCUGUUUCACGGAAUGUUUGUAUUACCAGUCGUGUUAUCUCUGAUCGGACCAAACAAACCAAUACGUACAAACGUCCGGCUCUUUGAAACCAAACAGAAAAACAAGGAAGUUAAAGUAGGACAAUACAAUCAUGCAUAUGAAGCUGACAACGUCAGGCAAUCCAACUUGUAG